AUGUCUUACGCCGACGCUGCAGCAAGAGGGGCCAAGCAAUCCCCAGAAGAUUCAAUGGCAGAUGCUAACCACCGCUUCUCAAUCCUUAGGCGUGAGUCAACAUGUUGCAACAAGUCGCGCGCUCCCAGAGUCGAGGCAAUCUACAGAGAUGAAUCGGAGAAUCCCGCAACUCUCGUCGACGUCGAUUCCCCACAUGUGUCAUCCGUUGAUCCGAACUUCCUGAACCAAAACGUAAAAACCUCCACCCAGGCCGAGCGGCUACAACGCGAGCAGGAGCAACAGAACGUCGAGGGCCAGAACAAGGCUCGGAAGGCCCGGGCCAAGGCAAAGGCCGAGAAGUCCAGUCUGAGCGCGAACAAGGGUAACCCGGUCUAUGUGGGAAAUGCCCUAUUGCUCGGCUUGGCUGGUGCUGGGCUGGGAUACGGUGCUUAUCAGAAGCAUCUGAGCGGCAAGCUGUCUUGGGAGCUUGUUGGUCUCUGGUCUGGGGCUGUUGGUGCCUUUGGUGUUGCGGACUACUUUGUGAGCAAAUGGCUCAUCCAGAACAAGUACCCCAAGAAAUAA